AUGCAGGAAGCAGACGCACAUAAAGCGCGCAUAACCCAAAUCGAGGAGUUUAUCAACGAUGUGCUUAAAGAGGAUCUCAAGCAGCUGGAGCACCAUCUCAAUCUUUUUAACGAGGAGAUCAUGGAGUAUGUACAGUUAAAGAAUACACUGCAAACCUUUGGCGACCAUAUGCCGGCUGGCUACAAAACGCAGGUGAACAUUGGCAGCAACAUUUUCAUGCAGGCGCGCGUCAAGCAAAUGGACAAAAUCCUGGUUAACGUGGGCAAGGAGGUGUAUCUGGAAAUGAGCAUGGACGAGGCGAUACGCUUCAGUGAUGUGCGCACCAAAAUUCUAACCAAGCAGGCGGAUGUGGUGCGCGAGGAGAGCGUCAAGAAGCGCUCCCAAAUCAAGAUGGCUCUCAUAGCGAUCAGCGAGCGGGAAAAGCUUCUGCAGCAACGGGAUGACAGAUAACGGGCGAUGGCUUAGGUUAGUGUUAGAAAAUGCUCUACAUAAUUCCUUAGUUGAAUAUUAAUACAUCGAGCUCUACAAGCCCAAUUAGGGAUUCCCCACUAAAAUACAGCAUAUUAAUGAAUUUUCAAGUCAAGUCAAAAAGCUUUACACAAGCAUAUACUCUAGUUAUUUUGUCUUAUAAAUUACAACUUUGAAUUUACAGCUGUUGUCCUAAUGUGAUAAAAAAAAAA